UUCUUAAACUAGAUGUUUCUGUUUGUCACAUGAUAAACUGCAUAAGAGGAAGAGGACGUUGACAUGAAGCUUAUAGUCCGCUGUUUCAGCCCAUCCUGACACAGUCAUCAUGAAGGCAGCAGUGACCCUCUUGGCUCUCUCUCUCCUUCAUGUCUGCUCUUCAGUUCCUAUCAGCCGGCCCACCAACUGGCUCAGACAAUGUCGUGCCGCCACCAACCUCUCUAUCACAGCACUGGAGGUGCUGCCGGGCGGAGGCUGGGACAACCUCAGGAACAUAGAUACCGGUCGAGUCAUGAACCUCAGCUAUUUCCAGUGCCAGACCACCGAGGACGGGCUCUACCUCAUCCCAGAUGAGGUGUUUGUUAUCCCCCACAAGGAGACGGGUGUGGAGACAAACUCAGAGAUCAUCAGCUCCUGGCUGGAGCAUAAAAGCUCUACAUCUCACUCCAUAAAUGCAGACAUAUCCUUCUACUCUGUGCUGAAUGGAAAGUUUUCUACAGAGAACCAGAGGAUGAAAACCCAUCAGGUUAAAGACUCGUCAACUACAGCCAGAGUGCAAGUUCGUAACUUUAUCUACACAGUUAAGGCUUAUCCAGACUUCACUCUGGAUGCACGUUUUGCUCAACAAGCCAAAGAGAUAGCCGAUGCAAUUGAAAACAACCAAACAAGGAACGCGAACUAUCUGUCAGAGAAGAUGGUACUGGACUAUGGAACCCAUGUUAUCACUAGUGUUGAUGCUGGAGCCACUUUGAUUCAGGAAGACUACCUUCGUUCCUCAUAUGUGUCGGACAGUGUGUCAGAGAGUUCCUCUGUCAAAGCGCAGGCGGGGUUAAACUUUUUUGACAAACUCAAGUUUGACAUAAGCAGUCAAAAUACCAAACAGAGCUCAUCACUUCAAACAUAUCAGUCCAAUAUUCAGUACUCUCUUAUCCAAAGCCAUGGAGGCAUACCUUUUUACCCUGGCAUCACUCUGCAGAAGUGGCAGGAAAGUACCAGGAACAACCUUGUUGCUAUCGAUCGUUCAGGAUUUCCCCUACACUACUUUAUAAACACCAACACCAUUCCUGAUCUGCCACAGCCAACAGUUGGUAAAGUGGCUGUCGCAGUGAGUCAGGCCGUAGAGCGAUACUACAAGGUCAACGCGCGGCCUGGAUGCGUCAAUGUCAACUCAAUCAACUUUAACUUCCAAGCGAACAUUGAUGAUGCAUCAUGUGAUGGCCCUGCUACAAACCUCAGUUUUGGUGGUGUCUACCAAGACUGUAUUCAUGUCAGCUCAGAUGCAGGUCCACUAUGUGAUGCCCUGGCCCAGAAAAAUCCCGAAACAGGAGAUUUCUCCUGUCGUUCGCCUUACGUUGCCACUUUACUGAGAUCAGAAGUGAGGCAGCAGAGCUACUCUUCGUACGAUUGUUACGACCAAAGGUACAGGUGUGGGAUUUUUCACCUAUCACAUUGCCAUCGGCAAGUUUGUCAGGACAACAACCACGUUCGCUCUGCUCGCAUCAACACCUACUGGUGCUCUGUAAGCGGAAAGGCCCCAGACAACUCGGGGUAUCUGUUUGGAGGCAUAUACAGCCCCUCUCUCCUGAACCCGCUCACCAAUGCCAAAAGCUGCCCCCCAAACUUCAUUGCAGAAAAGUUUCUCUCGGAUGGCCAAGUGAUCUGUGUGAGUAACGAGUAUGAAACCGGCACCAGUCACUCGGUACCAUUCGGAGGUCUCUUCAGCUGUCAGUCAAACAACCCGCUGGCAGGAGAUCAACGUCGCUGCCCUCCUAAGUUCAGUCAGCAUCUCGCCACAGUGAGCGACGGCUGCGAAAUCCUUUACUGUGUCCAGUCAGGACUGUUCACAGGUGGGCAGCUGCUUCCGAUCCAUCUGCCUCCUUUCACUAAACCUUCACUUGUCAGCAUGCAAGCCACAAACACUGUUAUGGUCAUGACUGAAGGAGAUAAGAAUUGGGUCAGAAUAGGGCAGACCAAGGCGUGGAAAUUGGCCAAGCCAGAGGAAAUCAAGGAAUUUGUACUGAAGUUGAACCCAGAAUUGAACCAGAUGUCUAGUGGGGGAAAGGCAGGGGUUGCUUUUGGGGUGAUUGGUAUGAUGGUGCUGGGGAUCCUAGUGACAGUAGUCCUGGUGAAGAGAAAGAGGAGGCUGUCUGGGUUUAGGACAGCUAGGGGCUAUGAGGAAAUACGUGGUGAGGUUGACUGUGAUGAAGGAAGAGAGAGGGAAGCACAGCAAGAUGAGGCUUGAGAAAAACACAGUUUAGAGGCUUAGCACCCAGAAGACUGGGAAGACUAAUUUAGUUUUUCACUUCCUUCUUAAUUCUCACCUCAGAAAGAACCAUCAUGAAUCAAUACUGCCCUCAUGAGGCUGAGAUGCACAAUGUCAUGUCGUAUGUAAACAUUUCUUUAUACCCCAUUUAAUAGCCCGAAUGCUUGAUGCAACUUUGUACCUUGUUUGUACCUUGUACCAUUCAUUAACAUGUUGUUUGUACAUAUUUUAACAGUAAUUGAUUAACAUGUUGUGAUGCCUUUUUUCACUCCAAUAUAUGAACAGAAACAUUAGAUUAAGGAUGUAUAAUGUUCUUUUUUACUUUUUGUAUCAUGCAUGCUACACAAAUUGACAGUUUUGAUAAAUGUCAGUUAAACUUGUCUGCACUUAACUACUAAUAAAAGUGGCACAAAACAAUUCAA